GUUCGUGAGAACUUUGCCGAGUCCGCCUGGGACGGAGGCGCGCCCGUCGCUGUGUCCGUGAGAGGCCACUUACGGGCCCGCCGCCUGCACGAUAUGGCUGGCCGCCUCGGCCGCGGGAUGUGCUGGGGCAAGCGGGGCCGGGGCGGCCGGGGCGGGGGCGCGCUGCUGGCCCUGGGGCUGCUGGCUGCCGUCGGCUUCCUCGCUUGGCGGCACGGCUCGCCGCCCCACCACGCCGCCCGCCGCGCCCCGCAGCCGCCGCCGUCCGCCGCCGCGGAGCUGCUGCGGAAGCCGGUGUACGCAAAGCCGGCCCUGGACCUGAGUGCGCUGGGCGAGAUGGGCCGGGCGGUGCGGCUGGAGCUGAGCCCGGCCGAGAAGCGCCGCCAGGAGGAGAGCAUCCGGCUGCACCAGAUCAACAUCUACCUGAGCGACCGCAUCUCCCUGCACCGCCGCCUGCCCGAGCGCUGGAACCCGCUAUGCAGAGAGAAGAAGUAUGACUAUUAUAGCCUGCCAAAGACCUCCGUUGUGAUAGCUUUUUAUAACGAGGCUUGGUCCACACUUCUGCGAACUGUUCACAGCGUUCUUGAGACCUCUCCAGAUAUACUUUUGGAAGAAAUUAUCCUUGUAGAUGAUUACAGUGACAAAGAACAUUUAAAGGAGCCUUUGGAAAACUACGUGGCUGGCUUACGCAAGGUGCGUCUCAUCCGCGCAAAUAAGCGAGAGGGGCUGGUUCGAGCAAGGCUCUUGGGAGCAUCUGUGGCAAAAGGAGACGUCCUGACAUUCCUGGACUGCCACUGCGAGUGCCAUGAGGGCUGGCUGGAGCCCCUGCUGGAAAGGAUUGCCGAAGAAGAAACAGCUGUUGUUUGCCCUGUUAUCGAUGUUAUUGACUGGAACACAUUUGAGUACUUGGGAAAUGCUGGUGAGCCACAGAUUGGUGGGUUUGACUGGAGACUGGUCUUCACUUGGCAUGCUACCCCUGAACGAGAACAAAAAAGGAGGAAGUCCAAGACUGACGUGAUCAGGUCUCCAACCAUGGCAGGAGGAUUGUUUUCUGUGAGCAAGAAGUAUUUUGAUUAUCUCGGUUCGUAUGAUACAGGAAUGGAAGUCUGGGGAGGAGAAAACCUUGAAUUCUCAUUUAGGAUAUGGCAGUGUGGAGGGAGCCUUGAGAUCCACCCUUGCUCUCACGUGGGUCACAUUUUCCCCAAACAAGCUCCGUACUCGCGGUCUAAAGCUUUGGCCAACAGCGUGCGCGCAGCUGAAGUGUGGAUGGAUGGCUAUAAAGAAAUCUAUUACCACCGAAACCCACAUGCUCGCCUGGAACCAUAUGGGGAUGUGACAGAAAGGAGACUGCUUCGAGAGAAGCUGAAAUGUAAGGACUUCAAAUGGUUCUUGGACAAUGUGUACCCAGAGCUUCAUGUACCCGAGGACAGACCAGGCUUCUUUGGAAUGCUGAAGAAUAGAGGAAUGGCAAACUUCUGUUUUGAUUAUAACCCUAAAAAUGAACAUCAAGUAACUGGACACAGGAUCAUACUGUACCCAUGUCAUGGCAUGGGACAAAACCAGUUUUUUGAGUAUACCUCUCACCAUGAAAUACGUUACAACACUCGACAGCCGGAAGUCUGUGCAGCAGUCGACUCAGGGACUGACUACUUGACGAUGUACUUGUGUCAAGAAAACGUCCACAGUGUUCCUGAAGAACAGAAGUUUGUUUUCAGAGAGGAUGGUACCUUGUUUCAUCUACAAACCCAGAAGUGCAUACAAGCCGAGUCAAAUGCUUACAAUGGUAACCCAGCACCGUUGCUACGACCCUGUACUGGCUCGGACUACCAAAAAUGGUUCUUCAAAGAAAGAAGUUGAUCCAGAUGUCAUCUAGGACAUAGCUAAAGAGAAAAAUGAGCUCUUUCUAGUCAGCGGUUAGUCAACCUUUUCAAAAUCACUUAAGUGAUAUAUUUUUGU